AUGGCGAAUCUCCCACUCUCAAAAUUCACAGUAGCACUUUCCCUUUCGCUCUAUCUUCUUGUUCACGCCAUAUCGUCUUCGGCGACGACCGGCGGCAGUACAGUGUCGCCUUCUGCUAUAAUUAGCGACGAUGUUGUUCCGGUUGCUGACCGUUCGAGUUUUCCGGCGGGCUUCCUCUUUGGUUCGGCGUCAUCUUCUUACCAGGUGGAAGGCGCGGUAGCUGAAGAUGGAAAAGGACCUAGCAAUUGGGAUGUUUACACCAACAAAUACAGAGGGGAACAAGACGACUCAUCGUCUACCCAUAUUCGUCUUCGUGGUGCCGAAAUGCGUCGACCAUCUCGGUUUCUCAUGAGCUCUGAUGAUCAGGAUUCUGAUUCGAAACCCAAAGAGAGGAUAGCCGAUGGGAGCAACGGGAAUGUGGCCAUCGAUGGGUAUCAUCGCUACAAGGAAGAUGUUGCAAUCAUGAAGAGUAUCGGAUUGCAGGCUUAUCGAUUUUCUCUUUCAUGGGCUCGAAUUUUACCAAAUGGAACAGUCGAAGGUGGUGUUAAUCAAGAAGGAAUCGAGUACUACAACAAUCUCAUCAACGAACUCCUAGCCAAUGGCAUCAAACCUUUUGUAACCAUUUUUCAUUUCGACCUUCCGGACGCCCUGGAAAGAGAAUAUGCCGGCUUCCUUAGCCCUAAAGUUGUGAAAGACUUCGUUGCAUAUGCGGAUGUUUGUUUCAAGCACUUUGGGGAUCGAGUUCAACACUGGGUCACGAUCAACGAGCCUCUGUCGUACAGUUUGUUCGGCUAUGCCCAGGGGACGAUGGCUCCAGGCCGAUGCUCGAAAUGGAUGAACCUGAACUGCCCUGGGGGAGACGCUGCCACCGAGCCCUACGUAGUAGGACACCACCUACUCCUUUCUCAUGCCGCCGUAGUGAAACUGUACAGAGACAAGUACCAGACAACACAAAAGGGCGAGAUCGGCACCGCCCAGGUGGUGCAGUGGGGACUUCCUCUCUCCGAUUCGAAGCAAGAUCUCGAGGCCACGCAACGAAGAAUCGAUUUCACGCUCGGAUGGUUUCAGGACCCAUUGGCCACCGGAGACUAUCCACCGUCGAUGAGAGCCAUCGUGGGGGAAAGAUUGCCUAAAUUCUCCAAGGAGGAAUCCGAGAUGUUGAGAGGUUCCUUCGAUUUUGUGGGGUUGAACUACUACACAGCUUACUACAUUUCGGAUGCGCCUCCUUCGAAUUCUAUGCCUAAGAGCGCAACGACGGAUUCUCAAACCAGUUUUUCACCCGAGAAGAAUGGUGUCGACAUUGGCCCAAAGGCAGGGAUAUCAUGGCAGUAUAUUUACCCUAAGGGGAUUCGAGAUGCUGUACUCUACACAACAAAGAAGUAUAAUAACACGGCCGUUUACAUUACUGAAAAUGGCAUGGGGGAGCUCAAUAAUGAAACAUUAAGCAUCAAGGAAGCUCUUAAUGAUACUCUAAGAGUGGAAUUUUACAGCCAACAUAUCGCCUACCUCAAUAGUGCAAUCAAGAGAGGUGCAAAUGUGAAAGGGUAUUUUGCUUGGUCACUGAUGGACAACUUUGAAUGGUCGGAGGGCUACACAAUCCGAUUUGGCAUUAACUAUGUGGACUUCAAAAAUGGAUUGAGACGAUAUCCUAAAAGAUCUGCCAUUUGGUUUCGAAACUUCCUCAAGAACUAUCAAUGA